CCACUGAAUCUGUCUACUAUGAAUCCGUCGCCGAUCAUCCUUCCCGAUGAUCUCAUCGCCGAAUUACUUUCUUUUCUUCCGGUCAAAUAUCUUCUUCGAUUUAAGUGUGUCAGUAAAUCUUGGAGGACUCUCAUUUCCGACUAUGCCUUCGUCAAAUUGCACCUCAAGAGAUCAGCAACACAAAAUCCUAUGUUCGCGCUAAUCAUGCUUCGCUUGAAGAUUAUUCCCGUAGAGUCUCCCAACGGUUAUGACGAGGACUACGAUCGGGGUUCCAGUGUAGUUCCAUAUACCAUAAGUACUUUAUUGGAUAGUCCCUCAUUCACCCUUUUUGACAAUCCUUACUAUCAUAUGGAAAACAAAGGCUGCUUUAAUUCAGUCGGUUCCUGUAAUGGAUUGAUUCUUUUGGCUGGUGGUUCCUUCAUCGGUCCUCGUAAAGAGUACUGGUUUCGAUUGUGGAAUCCAGCGACCAAGACAAUAUCUAAAAGAAUUGGAUAUUUUUGUGAUUUUCAAAAUCAUCGUUUCGGCUUUGUGUUCGGUUUUGAUGAUUCAACAAACACUUAUAAAGUGGUGGCAUCCCGUUUCAUUAAUCAACUGAAAACUGAGGUGAGAAUAUUUAGUAUCGGUGACGAUGUUUGGAGAAAUAUUGAAAGUUUUCCGGUUGUUCCUCUUAAUUUGGAAUAUGGAGAAUUUUAUUUCAAUAAUUAUGACUAUAGUGGUGUGUAUUUGAGUGGUGCUUUUAACUGGUUGGCUAUCAAUAAGAAUAUCACAAAUAGUAAGGAUAUUGCAGUUGAAGAUUUUGUUAUCGUUUCUCUUGAUUUGAAGACUGAGACGUACAAUCAAUAUCUUUUGCCAUGUGGUUUUGACGAAGUGCCGCCUGCAGGACCUACCAUUGGUGUUUUAGGUGGCUACCUUUGUUUUUCUUAUUCUGUUAAAGGAACUGAUUUUGUUAUAUGGCAGAUGAAGAAAUUUGGAGUCCAAGAUUCUUGGAUCCAGUUUCUUAAAAUUAGUUAUCAAAAUCUUGAAAUAGAUUAUGCCUUUAGUGACUAUAAGAAGUAUCAUUUUCAAUUGAAGCCGUUGCUUCUUUUCGAAGAUCGUGAUACACUUAUGCUUAAAAGCAAUCGAGAUGCCCGAGUAUUUCUCUAUAAUUGGAGAGAUAAUAGAGUUCAGCGAAUACAAAUUACUACAAGUAGAACGGGAGAUUAUUUAGGUUGGAAUUGUGUCAAAGAUUAUGUUGAAAGUCUGGUUCCAAUUAAUUAAAAGGUGCCGAUGCGGAACAGCUCCGCCAUAUUGAAGAGGUUCUUGGAAGUCUAUAAAAGCACUCAUGGUUCUACAAGUUAAAAUUCAAAUCAAGGUGAAAAUUCACAGUAGCUCAGAAGCUCGCUUUUGUAACUUCUGUUUUUCACGGUGAAAUGACAUUUAAAGGCGCAUUGGGGGAGAAGAAAAAGCUAUUCCAAGCAGGGGAACUAGAUUAUUGGUGUAUUAGAUUCUAUUAGCCAGAUGUUAAUCUACAACACUGCUACACGAAAGAUUAUGUUUUGCUUUUU